GACGAACGUAAAGAUCAGUCAAAAAAAAUGACGAAAAUAGACUCGACAAUUGACAAAAAUUUUUCCCCGAUGAUUCAUUCUUCUCAACAUGAUCAAGUUCAUGAAAAUUUGAAUAAUCAACACGAUAAUGAGGAGCAUGUCUCAAUCAUCACAUCUCGCUAUCGCUUUCCGUCUAAUGAAAGAUUGGAGGAUUAUAACGAGGCCUCCCCAGAGCAUGAAGACGAAAAUCCGUUCGUUGUAAGAGAUGUUUUAAGUAAUAACAAGUUUAAGACUGUUCUCUCGUGGAGACAUGUCAUCGACAAUAUUUAUAUUAAUGAUAGUUCUACGAAUGACUGGGUGGCAGAAGAUCACAACGUCUCUCUCGAUUUCCGCAAUUUUCAACUUGACGUAAUCAAUCAAUUGGAAGGCAACCAAACGUUUUCAUAUUUUAAAGAUAUGGAAAGGAUAUUUGAAUCCAAGCCAACAUAUGUAUCAUGUUCCGAAAAAUUGUGGAAUAAAAUUCGUCCGAGACCACUAGCACCCAUUAUGUUGCCACAAAAUGUAAUAGUGAUUAUCGCAGAAUAUAAUACGCUUUUAGAUGAUAAAAAGUUGAUUAAUAAUAAGUGGUGCGAAAAUUGGUCACUAAGGAAUACUUUGAAAACGGAAGAAGACAAAGAUGUUUCGAUUGUGCUCAAAUAUUUUAUGUAUCUAUCCUCAGUAAGUUUCAACGAGAACAAUGAGUUGAACGAGGAUACAUUUGUUCAUCGGUAUUGCCAUCAAAUUCUCGAAGAGAUAUUUGGUAAAACUGAUUUCGCAUUAGUUUGGGCAAAUGGCGAAUCAGAAAGUUCGAAAGAAAGACGGAUAUUAGAUGGAAACAACCAUGGAAGAAAACCAGAUUUUAGAGUACUUGGACAAAUAGAUGAUAUAAACAGAGAGUUCUUAUUUGGCGAAAUAAAGCCUCCGCACCAUUCAAAAGUUAUAAGUAAAAGUGUAAUAAAACUUGCGGAGUUCAUGAAAGGAUCUUUGGACCUUAUCGUCAAUAGAUGUGGUUAUAUUUCUGGUAUAGAAAUUUAUGGAAUUUUGAUCUGUGGAGACGAAAUUAAAAUUUUUAAUAUGGAUUUGGUUUACGAUGGUCUUUAUCGUUGUAGCUUAUUAUCAAAAAUACUGCUCCCAACGGAGAAUGCGAAUUUUCUUAACAUUGUUACUGUGGUAUCUACAUUAUAUUCAUUGUUGAAUAGGUUAAGAUCUACAAUUAGUGCAAUAAAUUCAUCUCAACCACAAUCAUCAUCUACCUGUCACCCUUAUUGUCGAAAAUCGAAUUCUUCACCAAAAAAAAUACGCGUACCGAUAGUCAGGGCUUAA